GAAUUCUUUUUGGAAAACACAAUAUAACUAGUAUAGUAUAAAAAGAACUUUUCAAAAAUUUAUGAAAAUGUUUAAGCCCGCAUCGCGGGAAAAACACUUAGUAAUAUAGGAUUCGUGACCAAAAAAAACAAUAAUAUACUAUUAAAAAUAAGGAUAUUCUUUUUCUUGGAUAAUAUAGGAUAUUUCAUAUGAGGUCUCUACCAUGUUCCUUGAAAUUUAUUCAACAUGUUUCAAUCCGCUGGUUAGAGAUUCGUUUCUAUUAGGACUGCAAUUAUCAAAUCUAUUUUCACCUUCAAAAACAAUUAUUGGCGUUUUAUUUUGUUUUUUUUACUAGUUAAUUAUAGUUUAGUUUUUUUAAUGAUCUAUUAGUUUUCGAAAAAGUUACUUUUAUUAGCUUUCGAUUCCCCCAAAAAACGUGAUUCUUACAAAUUUAUUUGUGUGCGACAUAUAUUUUACUUAUUUUAAUAUAAUAUUUAGACGACCAAAAGGACAUUGAAAGCUAAUUGCCAACAAAAUAUAUAGAGGUAGGUUCUGACAAAAAGAAUGGCAUCUUUGUCACAACAUGGCCAAGUAGCACUUUCGACGUGUAUCUGAGCUCCCAUGUGACGACUUGGCUUACGUAAUACUAGUAUUGGCUUUGAAGAUAAUCUUGUUAGGAAUUGUCUCACAUAUAUAAGUUUUCAAGUCACAACAAAGCAUAUAAUUAUACAGUCAUUCAUACUGUAUCUAUCUUCAAUCCAGCUCAAUUUUCAUCUUUAUAUUUUGCCUUAAAAUAAAUAAAAAAAAUCUCUUAUAUAAAUGAAUUUGCUCUAAUGUAUGUUUAAUAAUUAAAAUCUUCUAUUUAGUUAAAAUAUAAAGGAUUGUUAUUUCUAUCUCUAAAUAUAGUCAAAAAUAUGGUUUUUUCAUACUUUCCUCUAAAAUACAUAAAUUCUAUUACAGAGACUUACAUUACAACAAAUCCACUUUUAAUAUAAAAAUUUAUAUUGGAGAUUUUUAAUAUAAAAUCUAUAUAUAUAUAAGAAGAAGAAAAAAGCAUGAAAGAAGCAAAAAUGGUUUCAUAUUCAUCAUCUUCUUCUUCAUCUGAAGUCAAGAUUAUCUCAGAAUGCUUCAUCAAACCCAAAGCCCUCCCUGAAAAAUCAAAUGAACCAUACCAUUUAUCACCACUAGACCAUCUGAUGCUCUCCUUCCAAUACAUCCAAAAGGGUCUUCUCUUUCUCAAACCAUCAACACCAUCUGAUGAUGCAACCAAACCAAAAGACUUCAUGGAGACUUUGCUGAAAAGGCUAAAAGACUCUCUAGCAACAACACUUGUCCACUUCUACCCUCUCGCAGGUCGUCUCUCGACCUUGAACACAGACAAUCCAAGAUCUUACUCGGUGUUUGUGGAUUGUAACGACAGUCCUGGAGCUGGAUUUAUCCAUGCCAAAUCAGAACUAACUGUAGCAGACAUAGUUGGGUCCAACUACGUUCCUUUGGUUGUUCAAUCUUUCUUUGACCAUCACAAAGCAGUCGAUGUUGAUGGUCAAACCUUAAGUGUCUUCUCGGUCAAGGUAACAGAGCUGGUGGAUGGAGUGUUCAUAGGAUUGUCUAUGAAUCAUUCAGUUGGGGAUGGAAGUACCUUCUGGAACUUUUUCAACUCUUUGUCAGAGAUCUUCAACUCACAACAAGACGAUGAAACCAAGGAUUUGUUCUGUCUCAAGAAUCCUCCAAUCUUUCGUGAAGAGUCUGGUCCUAUGUGCAGGCUUCCUUACAGUCCACUUGAUGCGUCCAUUACUCUAUCCGAAACUCCGGUUUUGAAAGAGAGAAUGUUCCAUUUCUCAUCAGAAACACUGAGAUCACUGAAGUCAAAGGCCAAUAAAGAUUGUGGAGAAACAACAAUGAUCUCUUCGUUGCAGUCACUAACCGCAUUUAUAUGGAGAAGCAUUACAAGAGCAAGGAGCUUAUCAAAUGAUCAAGAAACCACUUGCAGGUUUGCUGUAGGAACUAGAACAAGAACGGAUCCACCAUUGCCGACGAAUCACUUUGGGGUUUACACCUCUCUUGCAAGCACCACUGCCAAAACAGGCGAUCUGUUGGAGAAUGGGUUGGGAUGGGCUGCUUCAAAGCUGCAUCAAGCUGUAACCGAACAAAAUGGAGAGAAGAUAGCUUCCGAACUUGAUCAUUGGUUGAAGGCUCCUUUUGUUUUGCAACCAGAUCAGCUUUCGGAACCGAACCUUGUUCACAUGGGAAGCUCACCGAGGUUUGACAAGUACGGAAGCGAGUUUGGGAUGGGGAAAGCUGUUGCGGUUAGAAGCGGUUAUAACAGCAAGCAUGACGGGAAGGUGUCAGCUUACCCUGGGAGAGAAGGAGGAGGAAGCAUAGAUUUGGAAGUCUGUCUUUUGCCAGAGUUUAUGGAAGCUCUGGAAUCAGAUCAAGAGUUCAUGUCUCUUGUCUCUUCUUCCCAGAACUAAGGUUUUCUCCUAGCUGUGUGGUUCUUUGUUCCUGUUACACCCUCUUUGGUUGGUUUGAUUUUAUUUUUUGUUAGUUAUAUAUGAUGAACUACUGUGUGUGGUUGUUAACGUCAGAGGAUUCUGCAGUUGUUGAAGUCAAAUGUUUCAAUUGUUUAUUAAGAUCAGGAUUAGAACAUUGAAUCUAAUAGAUUCAAUCUAUUGUUU